AUGGCAUACAGAGAUAUCGAUGAUGGGUACGAUACCCCUGAUGAAGGUGUGGAGUACGUGGAUGCUACGGGUACCGACUUUCCCGAGAGCAGGAUACCAGUGGUUGGCACGCCUCUAGUACACCCACUAGGUACCGAGGUUUUCGAAGUACCCUCCUCCUCAUCAGAAGAAGAAUCGGUACAUGAUCAAAAUGAAGAGACACAUAUCGACGCUACGCAACCCAUUUCACCACAACCGCUGUCAGUUACACGCAGCGCACAAAGCUCUUCAGCAAGAUCCGUAAACAGCUAUGGAGAAUCGGUACCACCACCGAGACCAAGCAUGUCACAAGCUGUCAGGGGUUCAAGAGCCAGCAGGUUACUAGAUAGCCUCACGUCGAUAGGGACAGUUGCUAACGACGUACCGAGUAGAUUAAGCACUACGAGCGUGGGAGGGAUAUCGCGUGAAAUUAUAACACCGACAAGAGAGGAGCGAUAUCCUAGGGUCAGCGUGGUGGACCGUCCCAUCGAUAUAGGCGAGACAGCGUUUGUAAGGUCCACUAAUACCAGCAGGAACACUGUUAGCGAGCACUCGGAGAUACCGCCAAGACGUAGUACCACAACGGCUGUAGUGUCCUCGUCUAUCGCGGGACCACGUACUCAGGUCACAGAUGAAGUGGCUGCGCAGGUACUGGCAGAAGCCAGAGCAGCGCCUCUACCAAAAAGACAAGCAAUUAAACCGGUAUCAGUGCUAUCUCCAGCAAGGAUCAUAGCUGAAUUCAAAAGGGGGUCUAUGAGUAAGCAGCAGGCAGUGGAGUCGUUGAUUCGUUAUCGCAUGAACAAAAUGUUACAUAAAAAUUCUGAUAGAAUGUAUGUUGAUAAAGAUGGUGACGUAAGGUUUGUGAAAGGUUACGAUUUCGGAAAAUCACGUGAUACGCGUGGAAAGGUUAUACGGCGUAACGGGUUGACGCGUAUAGAGCGUGAGAUUUUGGCAUACCAGAAAAGCACACAUUUGCUAAUACCACGAGCAGUGUUUGCGAGGAUAGUACGUGAGAUAGCGCAAACGUGGUGGCGGGGUCCUGAGCCCGUAAAGUUCACCGUGGAGGCACUAUCGGCGUUACAAGCCGCUACAGAAGAUGAGAUCACACGUUUACUGGAGAUAUCAACUGCUUGCUCGUACCAUGCGAAGCGCAUAACGCUAAGGAUCGAUGAUAUGCGUCUAGCGAGGUUCUGCCGUGGUAGGCAGGAAUAUGAGUUCUUUAAUAUAAAGAAUUGA